GCCGUUGCCGCACUGAUCGAGCCGAGGUUCUUCCCCGAAAACGCGCAGACUUCAGUUAGCCGACAAGUUCAUGCUCAUUGAAUUUGUAUCCAUAUCAGUGCAGUAUCGCGCUGCCAACCCCAAGACUUGUAUCUAUAAUCUCCCUCUACUGAGAUGUCGAUUCUAUAACACACAAUAUGAGCACGAUCUUGCAGGACUGGAUAGACGUGAGUCACUCCAAUCAUCCCUUGUCUACGCACUCACCCACAUCCGCCUUCUUAGCUGCUUAAUGCAGAGCAGUAUGUACAAGGGGACAAACUGCGGGAAAACUCGCGGCAUGGCGUAGCCGCACCCAUCAGAGGUGUAAGCUCAGGAUCAUCUCAACGGUCAAGCCGGCUUUCUAACUGGUUGAUUUUGCAGGAAGUCUGGCUGUACCUGCUCAAUGUCCUUUCAGAGGACAAGACAUCGGAAAUCACCUCUCUGAUGUCCCUCAAUACCAGCUAUCAGUCGCUACCAUCUUCAAUCCCACCUCAUCUUACAUCCCUCUUGACCCAGGCGGCACUCGCCCACCACACCAAACGUUUCCGCAACGAGACCUACGCAGAUCUUAUCACUGCGAUCACAGCCGAGCCACCCGUUGCCAAAGAUCCUCGCGUCAUGUCUCGCGCGGGUACCUUGGGCACCGUCAAGCCCGCAGCUGAUGGACGGUCUUCGCGCGCGUCGCCUAAGAUUGGGUCAGAGCACCACACCAUGCCCCCACCUCCUGUGUCACUGCUCCCACAUCCGUCGGCUGAGGAACCGGAGGCUCUGAGUACGAUUCGCUCACAACUAUCACGGAUUUUACCCAAGCCUCCUAGCGCCCCUCCCUCCAGGCAUGGGUUCCUGUCGUUAUUGGAAGAGGUUUUGGGCAAGUUUUGGAAUGCGGAGAACAUGAACGGGAGGGACGAUUCUUAUAGGAGGGACGAGGCUGGGGAGUACGAGGGAAGCGAAAAGGACUGGGUGUAUCUUGCGACACCUUUUGCUUGCUGCUUAUCAAAGCCUGUGGGCGUUUUUCUGGGGUUCAGGGCUCUUAUGGAGCGGCUCAGGAACUUUCCUCCACUGCCUAUCCGGCUAGCCUCAUUCCUGACAUUGUUCCGACAAGCUCUACCUGAAUUGCAUGCCUACUGCGAGGAUGAGCAGGUACCUUAUGUCCAGGUGGCAUUGAGCUGGAUGACGACUCUGUUGGCGAAGGAGAUGUGGCUGGGUGAUGUUUUGAGGCUGUGGGACACCUAUCUCGCGGCUGACGACAUGUUCGAACUGCAUUGUUAUGUUUGUGUUUCCAUCUUGUCGACAUGCAAGGAGACUUUGGAAGAGCUGGACGGUUCAGAGGCAAGGCUUGUCUUACUAGACCUUCCUCCGUUAGACGUUGACAGAGUAAGCCGCGCCCUCCCUCAUCAACUGAAAGAGUUGACAACGUGAGACCAGUUAUUGCAGGACGCCGCCAACCUCAGAGUAGCCUUUCCACUACCACGUCCUGUGCAAGAAGACUGGUAAGGGGCGCCUGUCUGCGCGGGUCUCUGGUCAUAUCCAUGGAAGGUAGAGUCAGGGCAGAGCGAUGGGGUGCCAUAUCAUAACGAAUCAUCAAUCGGCUCUCAUCUCUACAGUCUGCCCAACAAUCAGGGCAUCUCGUUCAACAUCUAUAUAAUGCCCAUUUGUUUGCAUGUACCACCACCCGUCAAGGAAGAAUUAUGCACAGUCAACAAUCGAGCAAC